AUGGCCGCAAUAGCCAACUGCACGGCAAUCCUGACCUCUCCAUCCGGGUCUUACAAUCUGACCGCAUCUGAAGCUCAAGAUGCUUUCAGCUCCCUGUCACUCUAUACCAAUGCCGAAAGCUGUCCUAUGUGUGCCUCCGCCAUCCGGUGGGCGGGCUUCAAGGAGUACAUCUACGGCACCUCGAUUGAGACGUUGAUCGAGAAGGGUUGGAGUCAGAUUCGAAUCUCAUCCAAGGAGGUCUUUAGACAAAGUAGCGACUUACCCGGGAAUGGAACGAGAUUCGUUCCGGAGAUUUUGACAAACGAAACGGACUCCUUCUUUGAGUGGCAGUACAACGAUCGGUUUCCGUGUCCCAAGGGAUGUGCGAGAGCAGAGGGAAGUUGCGAGGCGAGAUGA